AUGCAUCCGCAUCUGGUAGGUGAGAGCAAGCUGCAGCAUUGUGCACACCUCAUCCAAGCGCUUAACGAGUGCCAUUCCAAAGGUGUCUGGCACAAGAUCACGGGAGGCUGCAACGGUAUCAAGCAUGAUCUCAACAUGUGUCUUCGUCAAGAGCGCGUAGAACGCACAGCAAAUCAUGUAAAGGAAUCCAGGGAGAGCCGCAAAAGGACCGAGCAAAUAUGGAAGCAGAUUGAGCAAGAAUCAUAG